AUGUCAAAUGCUCUACCUCAGUUAGAUAUCGUGAAAUUAUAUCAUGGUUACGAUCGACUCUGCACUACAUGCUCAACACUCAACUUCAAAUUACUCUUUCGAUCAGCAGAGUUAGACCCAAGACUUCAAAUAACUCCACCUCCCUUUGUGUUGGAAGAUUUCUGGACUACUUCAAUUUACUGCCCAUUUUGUCGCUUGCUACGUCAUUGUCUUGGAAUAGAUGAAAAGACUGCUAGGUACUAUCGGAGUUUACACCAAAGAGAAGAAACACGAUGGAUCUGCCGUGUUUUGGUAAGAGGAUGGGUUAGAAUUUUACUUCAUUGGUCUCCUGGUCAUCAUGUCACAUAUCAACUACAGCCCACGCUAAUUACCGAAACGGCUCAUCGCGAAGGAAAAUUUGAUGCUCCAAUUUAUGGUCCUAGUGUUCAAUUGAUGGCAAAGGAAAAUGAAAAGGACAUGGAUCAACUGUCAUUAGGUCGACACAUGGAUCUAUUGAGAGCAAAUAUCAAACUACUACGAAGUUGGGUUGAUGGCUGCGAGACACAUCAUAGGCCUGACUGUGCUCCUCAACCCUGGAUACGAGAUCCAAAAAGUCCCUUUCGCUUGAUUGAUGUUAAGCGUCGAUGUAUUGUUCGUGCUCCAGCUGAAUGCAGAUAUUUAGCUUUGAGUUAUUGUUGGGGUGCGCCAUCGGAAACAAAUAAGCACCUUAAACUUGAAGAUAAAACCAUCGUAUGGCUAUAUGGAAAGAAUUCGUUAUCAAACAACCCAAAUAUACCAAAAACCAUUCGAGAUUCUAUUGACCUAGUUUCUGGUUUAGGUGAAAGAUAUCUUUGGGUCGAUGCUUUAUGUAUCAAACAAGAUGACGAAUUUGAUAGAGCUGCACAAAUUCCUCUUAUGAGUAAGGUGUAUGGAAGCGCUUUAUGUACCAUCGUUGCUGGCUCUGGCUCUAAUGCAUGGGCAGGCCUGAAUGGAGUUGGAACUGAGUCAAUACCGCGGUCACCAAAGCAAUACUUUGCAAAUAUAAAGGAUCUUUCUCUAAUAACGACUCAGAAGCAUUAUCAAACAUGGAAGUACGAAACAGUUUGGGAAACACGCGGGUGGACUUUCCAGGAAAUGGUUUUAUCGAAGAGAUUAAUGAUCUUCACAGACUCACAAGUGUUUUUUCAAUGUAAGAAGUGUUUAUGGUGUGAAGAUACCAUUCUCGAAAACCUGAAUCCUAGUAUUACGUGCGAAAGCAGAGCAUCAGGUGAUAUAAGUUCGGAGAGCCAUACUAUUAUGGAUGCUUUCACCUCCUAUCAUAUACUAGUGCACAACUUUACAUGUCGUUCACUAGGGGAUCAAAGUGAUGUUUUAAAUGCCUUUCAAGGCAUAGAGCACCAUCUUCAAAAUCGUACUCUCUCCUCAAAACAAGAGAGUCUGAGUGGAAAAUUUCAUUUCGGCCUUCCAGAAUCAUUUUUUGAUUUAGCUUUGAUUUGGACACUCCCUUACCAUUACCCAAAUCAAAGACGAAAACUCUUCCCAAGCUGGUCAUGGGCUGGUUGGAACAUGGAAAUUGGGAAAACAUUUCGUCGUCCAGGUGUAAGCUUUCCAUAUGCAGAUGCGGUCCGUCGAGAGUUAGUUUGGUAUAAGCCAGCCGUGGAGGGAUCAAACAAAUAUGUUCGAAUAAACGCCUCCGAGCUCAUACCCAAAGAAAAGCAAAUCGCCGAAGAAGAAGAAGAAGAAGAGCAACUUAGUGUUCAAUGGAAGUCUGACAAAACCUCAAUUCCUCAACAUAACUUUCCUAGAGCACCACACAUUCUCCAUUUUUGGACAAGCACAGCUCGCCUUUUGGUUAACCGAUCUGGUAAUAAAGAGAAAUGUAUAAGUGUACAUCCAUCCGAUCCAGCUAUACUAGAGAAUGAGGAGAUGAAGAUAAGAAAUCCAAAUCAAAACAUCCCAAUCGGCACCAUAUCAUUGAAUCGAUCAUGGCGAGCAGAUAGGCCUGAUGAGCUUGAAUUCAUGGUCAUAGCUCGUGCGUGCAAGACCAGAUACACACAGAAAAAAUCAGGUUUGUAUGUAAUGCUCAUAGAAUGGGUAGACAAUAUCGCAUACAGAGUUCAGAUGGUGAAUGACCCAGUGGACGAGGAUAAAUGGGUAGCUUUAAAGACUGAGUGGAAGUUUAUUUCCUUUGCUUGA